AGAAAGAUGUCGCUCAUGUGGAAAAUGCAGUCUUUUUAGCACCUUGUAACAUGUAACAUAGCACCUUGUAACACCUUGUAACACCUUGUAGCACCUUGUGGCCGCCACCAUGAGCAGCCUUUGCCGGGAGAUCAUCACGCUCCAGCUGGGACAUUAUUCCAACUUUGUGGGCACUCACUGGUGGAACUUACAGGAUGCAUCUCUGUGUUACGACCCGGAGAUGCCCCCUGGAGAGAUCCAGAGUGAUGUCAUGUUUCGUGAAGGCCAGACGCUGGGCGGGAACGUCACCUACACCCCCCGCCUCAUCGCCAUGGACCUCAAAGGAAGUCUGCUGACUCUGCGGCAGGAGGGAAGUCUGUAUGAUGCCGGCAAAGACACGUCCGCUAUUUCCUGGGAUGGGAGCCUGAUGACGCACAAAGAGAGCCCCCCUGAAAAAAACUCCUUCCUGGAAGAUUUAGACAAGUUGGACAGGGGGGACAUACUGACUGAGGUGGAUUUCACGUCAAGCCGCCAGUACCCGUGUGAAGGCUCUUUGAGGCUGGACACAGUCAACGCUCAGCUGGCCGCCAUCCAGAAGAGCUACCAGCUGGAGGGAAGUGUGAAGGUGUGGUCCGACUUCCUGCGCAUUCACCUGCACCCUCGCACCAUCUCCGUCAUCCACCAGUACAACCAUGAUGGAGAGGCGGAGCGUCUGGAGGCUUUUGGCCAGGGCGAGUCUCUCCUGCAGGGCAAAGUUGUGGACGAGCUGGAUGACAAACUGCAUUUCUUUGUGGAAGAGUGUGAUUACUUCCAGGGCUUCCAGAUCCUCUGCGACGUGGCCGACGGCUUCGCUGGCUUGGGGUCAAAGGUCACGGAAAUGCUCCAGGACUCGUACGGCGGCCGAGGCAUCCUCACCUACGGCCUGGAGCCCGUCGCUCGCCAUGACUCGACUCCCGCCAAAGACGUCUACCGUCUGCUGAACUGCGCCAUGGCGACCGCACACCUGGCCAGUAACAGCUCCUUCUACUGCCCGCUAACGCUGCGUGGCGGUCUGGGCCUGCGGGCGUCUGCGCCCGUCAUCUUCCCUCACCUGACCUAUGACCCUUCGCUUUGGUACCACUCAAGCGCGGUGCUGGCGCUCGCCCUGGACGCACUCACCGUGCCGUACCGGCGGAGGAACGGCGUCCCCAUGUGGCAGCUGGCCGACUCUCUGUCCACGUCGGGGAGGAAGGUGGUGGCGGCUUACGGCGCCGUCCCGUUCCCAAUGGUGCACGGGGAUUCUCUCCCGGACGCUUUAAGUGCCUGCGCCGACUCGUUGCCAUGGAAACCGCUGUCAACGUGCCCAGAAGCGGGCGAGGGUGGUUGCUACGGUCAGUGGGUGACGCUGAAAGGCGUGGAAGAGCAGAGACUCACCAGUCAUGUGGCGCCUGGGACGGAACCAUCGUCUCCUUUCCACCACCUGUGCAGCGGGGAGGACGUCCUGGCGUCCUACGUCACCUCCUUCUAUCCCACAGCUCCUCUGGCUGUGCAGCUGCUGUCCAGUCCCAGUAAAGUCACUCCACCUUUCCCUCGUAUAUUCAGUCCGUCUCUCACCGACGGAGGUCUGGUGUUUGACCAGCAUCCUCCAUUCAGAUCUUCGGCCGUCUCCUCCGUGCCGGUCCUCACGUCCCUCCAGUCGGGGCCCGCGCUGGACCCGUGGCUCUCAGAGUUGCAUCGCAGCGUGAGCGCCUUCGACGUCCGCCGCGUGGCCCCCAGCUUUCUCACCCACGGCCCCGAGAUGGCCGACUACGGCGAGGCCCUGGAGCAGUUGCGUUUACUGGCUCGCCGUUACCGUGACGACAGCGGAGGCGCGACGCGGUCGUCUUCAGAGGACGACGACGACUGACAGAAUGAGGAUUGGAUUUUUUACACACCCACACAUACCCCCACCCAUGUGGCCCUGUAGGACUAAUCAUCAAAUAUUCUCCAUUUUAGCUUCAUCACGGCUGGAGAUUGUCCAAAUUAGUCUUGGAAUAACAUUUUUUCCUCUCCAUAUUCAGGUCUUCCACGUCAUUGGGUGUUUAUUUUUCUACUAAUAGCAUGUGGGCUUAUUGUAGUCUGGCAUAGCAUGAAGAGAAGUAUUUCAAAAUAAGAGCCCACCGAUGGAGACUAAGUAGUGCAAUACUGAGUGUAGCAUUUAAUACACUUGAAUGUAUGGCGGGAACUUUUUUUAUUAAACAUGUCAUCUGUGGCUUUAAAGUUCUAA